UAACCUCAUAACCUCUAAUACGUCAAAAACAAAAAUUGAAAAAUUAAUACAUCUAAUAAAUGUUAUAAUAUUUAAAUCAUAUUUAAAAAUAGUGCUUUUAUGAAGUCGACAUUAUAUUUGGGAUUGUAAUUACGUGUUUACAGUAAUCAAAUGCGUAGAAAUGGUUAUUCAAAAUACCGCUUGUAGAAGACCAAAGGAAAUGAAAACAUAAAAGUCACAAGUUGUAUAUUAAAUAAAUCAUGACCAACAAAAGUGGAAGGUUUGGACCAUUGAUAGGAGCAGUGGAUGAAGGUACUACCUCUUGUAGAUUCCUAGUGUUUGCAGCAAAAACAGCAGAAAUUCUAACUUUUCACAAAGUUUCAAUUCCUUUUAAUAAACCUCAGAAAGGUUGGGUUGAACAAGAUCCAAAUAUUAUUUUGCAGAGUGUUAUACAAACAAUCAAUGUAGGGUGUGAUAAUCUAUUAAAAUUGGACAUUAAUCCAGCUGAUGUUGUUGCUCUUGGUCUGACAAAUCAACGAGAAACUACCAUUGUCUGGGAUCCGUUUACUGGAAAGCCACUCUAUAAUGCUAUUGUUUGGUGUGAUAUGAGAACAACCGAGACAGUAGAUGAAAUUCUACUCAAAGGAAAAAGAAAUAAAAAUUUUUUAAAAGAAGCUUGUGGUUUGCCAGUUGGAACUUAUUUUAGUGCUGUGAAAUUACGAUGGCUCAUAGACAAUGUACCGGUAGUUAAACAAGCUAUAGUUGAAAAUAGAUGUCUUUUUGGGACUGUAGAUACUUGGCUUAUUUGGAAUUUGACUGGGGGUGUCAAAGGUGGAUUGCAUUUAACAGAUGUAACUAAUGCAUCAAGAACAAUGCUGAUGAAUUUAAAAACGUUAGCAUGGGAUGAGCAACUGUGCAAAAUUUUUAAAAUUCCAAUGCACAUUUUGCCAGAGAUCAGAAGUUGCUCUGAAAUUUACGGGUAUCUUACUGAGAGCUUUUUGAAGGGAGUACCCAUUUCUGGGUGUAUAGGCGAUCAACAAGCAGCAUUAGUAGGACACAUGUGCUUUCAAAAAGAACAGAUAAAAUGUACUUAUGGAUUAGGUAGUUUUUUACUUUGUAACACAGGAAACGCGAUUAUUAAUUCUGAGCACGGUCUUCUAUCCACAGUAGCUUAUCAGUUAGGGAAAAGUAAACAACCAGUUUUUGCCCUCGAGGGUUCUGUCGCAGUAGCAGGGGCUGCGAUGAAAUGGUUGAUAGACGAUCUCAAUAUAGUUGACAGUGUAUCUGAUUUGGCGACCAUUGCUAAGAAUGUUAACUGCAAAGGAGAAUUAUAUUUUGUGCCUGCAUUUGGUGGACUUUAUAGUCCACAUUGGAAUAAGGAGGCCAAGAGUAUAAUAUGUGGUCUAACCGAUGAGUCCAAACCAGGACACAUAAUUAAAGCUUUAUUAGAAGCUGUGGCAUUUCAAAUACGAGAUAUUUUAGAAGCUCUAAAACUAGAUUAUAACAUUCAGCUGUCAAAACUUCUGGUCGAUGGUGGAAUGGCAGCAAACGACUUUUUCAUGCAAAUUCAGUCAGAUAUUUGCGGAGUGACGAUUGUUAGGCCGUCAGUAAAUGAAAUAACUUGUUUGGGUGCUGCCAUAGUUGCAGGGAUUGCAGAAGGAAUAGAAGUUUGGGAUUUAAAUUACAUGUCUUCAGUACCCAAUGACGUAUUUUAUCCAUGUAUUUCGGAAAAUGAAAGAGACGUUAAAUAUAAUCGUUGGAAAUUGGCAAUUGAAAAGAGUUUGGAUUGGAAUCGUCAAUACGAAGGUUACUCAGGUCGAAGUAGGCACAGCCAAAUACUUAAGUCUUUACCCGGAAGCCUCUUUAUUAUGAGUUCCUUUAUUAUGCUAGUAGUUGCAGAAUUUUUAAGUAAAUCUUGAUCAAUCGUUUUUCUUUACAUUACAACAGCAAAAGUACAGAUUGAAUUUUUUUUUAUUUAACAUUUUGCUUUAGAAGUUUAUUAAACGAAAUGUAGUUAUUAUUUUGUUAUCUAUUUGUAAAGUUCCAUGCUUAUAAUAUUAAUUACGUCCCUGUUGUUAAUAUUGUUGUUACAAUUUCAGUGGAUAGAUAUCCCAAAAUAAAUGUCGUGUUACGCCA